UAUUACCAAUAAUUUAAGGGCGAAACAAACACGCGCACGCAACCAUGGCAACGUACCAUAGCAACAAUGGCAGCUAAGACAGAGAACAGUAAAACCGACAUGGAUCAAAACCAACUUGUAGAACUUGUGAAGGACUUAAAACGCUCCAAUGCAGCGCUACAAGCAGAGAUCGAUAUGUGUGAGGGAUAUGUGGAGACUUUUUUCGAAACAGUAUCAGAGAUGGAAAUGGCAACGAGUCCAGGAAGGAAAACUAAAGUGCGCACUCCAGAGCGACAACAGUUCCUGACACUGGAACAGAAAUGCAGUGUCGCCCAAAGCGUGCUUAAACAGAUGACUAAGGAUUUGAAGAGAGCGAAAGACCAUUCAGAAAGAGAGCUGGACAAUUACAAGGCAACUCUGGAAGAAGCUGAUAUCCACUUGGUGGAGGUUAAAAAAGAAUGCUGCCAGUUUGAUCGCGACAUCUGUAAUGCACUGCGGGACAAAAAGUGUUUGACAAUGACUGCUGACAAGGUCAUCAGAUACAUUGAGGACAAAAUAAGGGUCAAGGAGAACUUGAUCGAGAAGUUGCAUCGGAAGAAUACGGCACUCCUCGAACACAAGAAAAAACUACAGGUCAAGCUACAACAACAGGAGAAGAUGUGUGAGGGGCUGACGGUGCUGGACUUAGAGCAGCUCAAGUUGGAGAACCUCAAAACUCGUAAACGACUGGAUGAGCUAAACCUAGAACAUUCGGAUCUCAAACUGCUUGCAGCGAAUACCUUCCAGGCCUUGAAUUCUAAUAAGAAGAAGCUUCUGACCUUGAAAAACGAGUCAGAUGUGCUGAGCAGUGACAUUGCUUUACGGAUGAAGUUACUGGUUAAGAUUGAGGACGAGACCAAGCAAGCAGAGGAGGAACGAAACAAAGCAGAGGCUCUGAAUGGGAAGUUGAGGGGCCAGUUGGCCAGCUAUCACGUACCACAUGUCCUACAAUACAUCAAGGUUAAAGAUUCCCACAGCCAGCUGCAGAAAAGUGUUAAAGAAUGGGAACGCAAGGUAGAGAUUGCAGAGAUGGCAUUAAAAACAUACACAAAAUCCUGGGACAAGCUUCGGAUCGCUGCUGGAGCCAGACCGGUUCCUGCACGACAUGCAGCCAUAGAUUCUGGAUUGUAUGGGUUCUGACAUAAGAGUUACUUACGUCCUAAAUAACCUCAAUACCCAAGAAGACGCCCAUAUAUUGUGCAACUUAUGCUCAAAUGCAGCAUAAAACACAAAGAAAAUAAAUCCACAUUAAAAUUACAGACAACAGUGCAUUAUUAAUGAAAAGGUUUAUUAGUUAGUGCUGUGUAUAUUAAAUGCUACAUACAGAUAUUUCAGCAUGAAUAUCACAUCAACCGCCACAUGAACUUUUCUUACUAGCUCAUUCACAAUCUACAAUUUGGA